AUGGCAAGAGAAGCAAAAACAAAUGCCAAGUCUACGGCAAAGCCCAAAGCCAAGCCCAAGUCAAAGUCCAAGUCCAACGAGGACAAUAGUAGUGAUGGCGAUAAUCAGACAUUCAACAAUGCCAUCAAAUCAGUUAUCGAUCGUAUAAUGGUACAUUACAACAAGGAGCAACCAAUCGAGAGGAUAUGCAAGUUCCUCAGUCAUUUCAUCAACUCAAUAUCACUUCGCAACAAUAAUAACAAUCGUCAUGUGGAAGAAGAAGAGGAUGAUGAUGUGGAGCGAGAAGCACCAACAUCCGAGACAUUGGAUAUACAUGAGAGAUUCAUUGUGUCCAUUCUGGAGUACUUGGUGGCCAGAUCAUACUCCCGCGAGAAGGCCGUCAGGUACAGGUCCACAAUGUUGCUGUCCAACACAUUGGAUGCCUUGCGCGAGGACUAUGAGUUUGACAUGGAUCUGUUUGAACAGAUGACCAAAUCAAUCAUGCAAAAGUCCAUGGACAGGAUAUCAUCCAUUCGUCGCCAGGCCAUCAUCUGUCUAGCACGACUCCAAGAUGGCUCCGACCCCGAAGACCCAGUCACCAACAGAAUAAUCGAUAUGAUGCACCAUGAUACUUCAUUUGAGGUCAGACAGACAGCUGUAUCACACUUGAUGAUAACAAAGACUGCUGUGGAGCAUCUGUUGAUGAGGACUUUGGAUGUCAGCCCACAGGUUAGGAAGGAGGCCUACUCAGUGAUCUCAACAAAGAUUGAUGUCAAGAUGAUUGGUAUUGCCAAAAGGACUGGUCUCCUCAAGAAUGGACUUCAAGAUCGUGACAAGUCUGUCAAAGAGAUCUGCUCCACAAUGCUCUCAGACUACUGGUUAAAGUCUGUCAAUGAUGAUCUGUUCAAGUUGUUGGCAUACUUUGAAGUGGACAUGUUUGAGAAGGAGACAGAGAUGGCGCUGAUGAGCUUGUUCCAGCGUGGACUGUGUUUGGGUCAGCUUGCGCGCAUUCAAAUCGAUCCAAUGGCUCUGACAAAGGAACAAGCUAUAUACCUCAACGUGCUGUGUCAGUUCCUUCACAAGGAGAAGAGGACUGAUGACCACAUCGAGUCCACAAUCAUACCAUCAAUGAUGCACUACAGCGACAUGCUGUUACAUUACCUGACCAAGGACUCGAUGGACGAUGUGGAUGUGAAUGAACAUGAUGAUGACGACCAGGAGGAGGAUGAGGACGACACAUUCUUCAUUGGCUCACAGGUCAUAUCAAUUGGAAUGUACAUGGACAAGAGUGAUGAAGCUGGUAGGGUACAGGUCAGCACCCUGAUCCCCCAGCUGGCCCUGUCCAGCACACUGACCGAUGGAUACCUGCCCCCAUUGAUGGACCUAUUGCUCUCGGUACAGUCGUCCGAGUAUAUUGUAUCGGUGGCUGGCAUACUCAGGGAGUUGUUCGCCGCCCUCAAUGACGAGGAGCAUCAAAAGAUGUAUGACCUGUACUCGGUGCAGCAGGAUGGCCUCAGACAAUUGAUGUCCAAGCGCAAGGAUCUUCAGGCCCAGAGUGUCUCGGCGGCCAAGAACAAGACAGACAUGGCACGCAUCACUGGCGAGAUCAAGACGGUGGACGACACUAUAAAGGUGCUCGAGUCGGACUUUGCCAGUGUCAAGGAGGAGAUUGAGGCGAUCGAAGCGACCAAGACUUUGAUCGACGUCAAGCUACUGAAGAUCACCAUUCAUCUGCUGCAACACAUCGAUGUCCGAGUCAGUCCCAGACUUUUGGAGCGCAUCAGCAUGGUCGUGGCCAGGAUCGGAAGCAAGAAACAACCGACCUGUCUCCAGCCCCUUGUCAUCAAGCUCCAUGCCCUAUAUCUCCUCGUCGCGCCAGCCUCACUCGGCCAACAUCUUCCGACCAUUCUUGGACAUCUCACAUGGGGCCAACACAUCGACCAUGAUGAUGAGGCCGAUGAAGCCGAGGUUGACGUGGAAACAGUCACAGACUUGUACAUGAACUCGCUUGAGUCCAUUGUUGACCUACUCGUGUGGUAUGGCGAUCAGUUGGAGCAACAUCAGACUGAGCACACGGUGGUCGGCCUGGCAGAGAGGAUCUACGAGUCGCUGGAUUGCCCAGGCCUGCCUGCGACCAUCCAACACAAGACACUGGAGGGCCUGGCAAAGAUAUGCUACAGCUUGCCCACCAAUGCCGAGACCACCGAACGCAUAUUGAUCAGACUGACCACGACAUUCCUGGCGGCCGACACCGAAGCCAUCGCCCAGACCCAGACCAAACAGGUUCUCUCAACAUUCUUCAACAUGUUUGCUGCCAAUCGCUCGAACGACGCCCUCACACUCUUGCUGACAAAGACUCUGAUGCCAGUGUUGCGCGCUCUGAUGGACCAGGACUCGGCCACGGCCGACACCAGUCUCGCCACAGCCAUUCGCUUCUAUCUCUGGACCAUCGGAAUUGCCUGUCCACAACCGGGCGGCGCUGGACAAAUAGAGAGGAACAAGUGGCGCUGUUCAUUACUAAGGAGCAUAGGAUUGGAAGCCAUGUCCAACACGGCCAAGGCAGGAAAGUUGUGCAAGUUGUUGUCUGUGAUCAAGUUGGACGGACCGACGCCCGCACCCGUGGAGCUGCACAACGAGCUGAUGGCACUGGUCUGCCUCUCGGACAAGAUGUCAACGGCCAUCAAGACCAAGAUUAUAUACGCCCAGAUCAGGAAGUUUAGCGACUACCUGACGGGACUGCUGCCCAAUGGCAGACAACAGGUGGCGUCCGACGAACUCCAGGAGCAGGUUAGCGAGGAGAUUGACAGGCAUUGCCAGGAGUUCCAGACCAUGUACAAAGUAUCAAAGAGACAGUCCACUUCAAGAAGGAGUGCGGCCAAGGGUCGUGGAUCAAGGAGUAGACAUAUAUCCAGCGAUGAGGAGGAGUCUUGGGAGGAAGAGGACGUUACAGAGGAGUCGGAGGAAGAGGAGGAAUAUGAUGAUGAUGAGGAAGAGGAAGAGGAGGAAGAGGAAGAGGAAGUUGAAGUGGAGAAGGUGAUCACCAAGCAGAUGUCAAAGAUGGCAAUCAACAAUCGACCAAAGAGAGGCAAUAGAGUAGUGGUGGAAGUUAGUGAUGAUGACGAGGAGGAGUCAGAGGAGGAAGUAGUGAAGGUAGCCCCAAGGAGGACACUCAAGCAACUAGUCCAAUCAGAGAAUGAAGAGGAGGAUGACGAGGAGGAUGAUGAUCAGGAAUCCAGCGAAGAAGAGAAGGUCAUACUUCCAAAGAGAUCACUCAAACAACUUGUUGAGUCUGACGAGGACGAAGAGGAAGAGGAAGAUGAUGAGGAUGACCAAGAGGAGGAAUCAAGCGAAGAAGAGAAGGUCAUCACAAGGAGGUCACUCAAACAACUGGUGGAAUCAGAGUCUGAAGAGGAAGAGGAUGACGAAGAGGAUGAGGAGUCCAGUGAAGAAGAGAAGGUCAUCACCAAGAAGUCACUCAAACAACUGGUGGAAUCAGAAAGUGAAGAAGAUGACGAGGAAGAAGAGGAUGACGAUCAAGAGGAAUCCAGUGAAGAGAAGGUCAUCACUAAGAGGUCACUUAAACAACUUGUUGAGUCUAACGAGGACGAAGCGGAAGACGAUCAGGAGGAAGAGGAGGAUGAGGAAGAGGAUGCGUCAUCUGAGGAGGAUGAUGUAAUUUCAAGAGGCCUCUCUAAGCUGGCUGUAAAGGAUGCCGAGUCCGAGUCUGAGGAGGAGGAAGAAGAGGAGGAAGACUCUGAUGAAGAGUCCGAGUAUGAAGAAGAAGAAGAGUCUGAAGUUGUAGAGUCUGAUGACGAGUCAGAGUCGGGAUCAGAAGAGGAGAUCCAGGUGAUCAACAAGUCUGUAAGAAGGGUAGUACCCACCACCGUCACGAGAAAGACGACAACCGCCACAGCCAAGGCCCUGCCUCCAACGAAGUCUGCUCCAGCCACCACCACCUCUGCCAAGGGCAAAGAGAAUGGUCAUCCAAACGUCAAGCAACAACAACAAUCAAUCAAGCCUGCUGUCUCACUUUCACUAUCCAAGCAGGCUGCCACAACCACCAACAAGACAGGCAAGAACAAAGCAUAA